AUGUUGGAUGACGAUCACUUAGCGGAAAAGCCAACAAUAUAUAAUUUAUAUGUCGCUCAAAACACAGUAAACCUUGAUAUUCAGGAGCUCUGGAGGACAAGCAAGAGGCGCUUAAAAUAUGCCAUGCCAAGGAUUUCGACUGUCGUUGUUUUCCGAGCGACUUUUGCGUUGGUUUUGUUCAUUUUGAUGGGACAGAUUUUAUUGUUUGCACUGACACGCUGUAAAGGACUAGGAGAUGACGAGCUCAACUCGAAAAAUCAUGAACGGCAAGCUGAAAUUCCCACGGAAAAAUUGUCGUCGUUGAUGGAAAAAAUUCGACUCCUGAAUCUCGAUGUUAAAAAUCUGAAACAGGAGAAUAACGCCUUAAGUGGUGUCAUUCGCGAUCUAACCGCACGUAACAAGGACAUCUCGAAGCGUUUAAAGCGGCUUAAAAACGCGGAGAAAUUCACCAUCGCUCAAGAACUCAGCCGAGAAAAAAGCCGAAAGGCGAAAGGAGAAUUUUUGAAAGGUCAACCCUUAAGAACUGAAUUUGAGGUCGUUCCGUUCGACGGCGUAGCGCACAAUGCGAUUUAUCAGAUUUAUCACGGUCUCUCGGGUAAUCCUGCCGAAAGACCGCAUGGACACAAAGGAAAAGAUUACCUAGAGGUUAUGAAGUUUGCCGUUGAUGCUCUUAAAAACUACGAGGGCAGGAACAUGGAAAUCACGGCGAGAGAUCUUGUGGAUGGAGUAAUGCGCGUCGAUCGGAUUAUUGGUUCACAGUACGAUUUUUAUUUCAGAUCAACAAACAACAAAGUUUUUCACCGAGUCAAAAUUGAACGCCCAUUUGGUCCUCUGAACCUCGCAGGUAGCAUUGAGACAGUCGACACAAACAACGAGCUUAUAAACUUGAUUCUGCCGCUAUCGGGUAGGCUGGAUAAAUUUAAAGCCUUCCUGGACAAUUUUGUCGACGUUUGUGUGAGAUGGGACAGAUCGGUUUUUCUCACCGUUGUUUUCUUUGGCCAGGCCGGUAAGGAAGAAUUGGAAACCAUGAUGGCAAACGUCUCCAAGGCAGAGAAUUUCACAGACUAUAAACUUAUAUUUUCGAAUGAGGCAUUUUCCAGAGGCUAUGGUCUCCAACAGGGUGCUACUUCCUGGGAGAAGGGCAAUGUCCUCAUGUUCUUUUGUGAUGUCGAUGUGUUAUUUACAUCUCAAUUUUUAGAUCGCUGUAGAUUUUACUCUACCCCUGGGGUGAAACUCUACUACCCAGUUGUAUUUAGUCUCUACAACCCCACCAUAGUAUAUGGAGGAUCACCGCCUCCAAACCAGAACCAAUUUCGCAUAAAUCGUGACACUGGUUACUGGAGAGAUUUUGGUUAUGGAAUGACUUGCCAGUACAGAAAUGACUUCAUAAAAAUUGGUGGUUUUGAUCUUUCAAUCAAAGGAUGGGGAAUGGAAGAUGUGAAGUUAUAUCGAAGCUACCUUGCCAGUGACUUGGUUGUUAUUCGGGCCGCAGACAGAGGAAUCUUUCAUACAUGGCAUCCAAAGUACUGCAGUCGAAAUCUAACUCAGUCACAGUUUUUAUCCUGUAUUAAGAGCAAAGUGAAGUCAGAAGCUUCUCACUCACAACUUGGUCUUCUAGCUUUUGGUGGGAAAAUUUUUGAUGAAAAAGAAACUAACUGGAUUGAACAGCUUAAGGCUUCAAAGAAAAAUAAAAUUACUGAGGGAAAAAAGUCAGCAACCACCUCUCAAUGA